UCUCCCUCCAUCUUCUCGCCGAAGGAGAUGCAGUGCUGAGAUACCAGCACCCGGACCUUAAGAAAGAUCGCCGCCCCCUACCUGAAAAGAUAAUAUGUUGAUAUGAACAACUGAACUUUUUGUGAUAAAAUCUCAAAAAACUCUCCAGAAUGAAUAAAUUGAAAAUGGCAUCAGAAAAAAGUGUAACUAACAACUCUCGGAUUUUAAGUCUGUUGGCACAACUGGAGAAGAUCAAUGCAGAAUGUUUGGUAGAAGCGGACACUGCCAGAUAUGUCACAUCAAAAAUUCUUCACCUGACUCAAAGUCAAGAAAAAAUCAGGAAAGAAAUGACUGCUAAAGGUUCAACAGGGAUAGAAGUUAUUCUCUCAACUUUAGAGAAUACCAGAGAUUUUCAGACUAUAUUAAACAUCUUAAAUAUCUUAAUUGAAUUGGUGGCAGCAGGCAGCAGUCGAAGAACAAGUUUUCUCGUUUCUCGGGGAGGGACACAGAUUUUGUUGCAAUUACUUGUGAACGCAAGCAAAGAAUCCCCACCAAAUGAAGAAUUAAUGGUGCUACUACAUUCUCUUCUUGCUAAAAUUGGCCCAAAAGAUAGAAAAUUUGGAGUAAAAGCCCGAAUUAGUGGUGCUUUAAAUAUAACUCUGAACAUAGUGAAGCAAAACCUGCAGCAUCAAAGGCUAAUUUUGCCUUGUCUUCAAGUGUUAAGAGUGUACUCAAUUAAUUCUGUAAAUGCUGUUUCCUUGGGUAAGAAUGGAGUUGUGGAAUUGAUAUUUAAGAUAAUUGGUCCUUACAGUAAGAAAAAUACUGGCCUUAUGAAGGUUGCUUUAGAUACCCUCACUGCACUUCUGAAAUCAAAAACAAAUGCACGGAGAGCUGUGGAUAGAGGCUACGUCCAAAUGCUUUUAACAAUUUAUGUAGAUUGGCACCGUCAUGAUAGUCGGCAUAGACAUAUGUUAAUCCGUAAGGGAAUCUUGCAAUCUGUUAAAAGUAUUACAAAUAUCAAGCUGGGAAGAAAAGCAUUUCUAGAUGUUGAUGGGAUGAAAAUUCUGUACAACACUUCACAGGAAUGCCUUGUAGUAAGAACUCUUGAUCCACUUGUCAACAUUUCUAGUCUGAUAAUGAGGAAAUGCUAUCCUAAAAAUCGUCUUCCAUUACCAACCAUUAAAAGUGCUUUCCAUUUCCAACUACCUGUUAUGCCUGUUAAUGGACCAGUGUAUCAGCUAUAUAGUUUGCCUCCUGAAGUGGAUGACGUAGUAGAUGAAAGUGAUGACAAUGAUGACAUCGACACAGAAUCUGAGGUUGAAAAUGAUAAUGAAGAUGACAUAGAUCAACAUUUUAAGAACGAUGACAUUGAGACAGAUAUCAAUAAACUGAAACCAAAGCAGGAAUUGGGACGACCAGUGGAAGAUUUGAAAAUGUAUGAACAUUUUUUUCCAGAACUUUUAGAGGAUUUUCAGGAAUGUGACCUCAUUUCAAAGGAACCAAAGUCUUUUUCGGACAGCGCAGCUCCAGGAGGACCUAUUGUUGUUCCCACUGCUGGAGAGGAACCAUCUUUAACAAAUGACAUGAUGCAACUUCCUGUGAAGGAGAAUAAUCUACUAAGUGAAGACUGUAAUAAAAGACCAGCAUUUCUGGGAUUGGUAAAAAAUGAUGGUAUCAUGGAUAAUAGUUUGCAGCAUCAAGGUGAUCAAAUGAAAUUGCUUCCAUCAUGCCAGUGCCUGCAUCAUGAAAUUGUAAAAGACUUUGAACGAAUUUCACUUCAAAAUACCUCCAAAAGUGAACAGUUCAAUAUUUCUAAGACCGUGACAAAAAACGAAUGUAAAACUAGCAUUAGUGAAAUUACCUAUAAUAAACCUUUUCAACAUGUUCCAACAUGUGGAAGUGUUUUGUUUGAGGGACGGUCUGUCCAGCUGGGAAAACUAUGCUGUUCUGGACCUGAUCCUGAAGAAGAAGAAGUAUCUUGUUCAGUUUCUAUAGGAGAGCAAGUAACAAUUGAAGUGCCUGAUACAAUACAACUGCAUGAUCCAGAACUCUAUAUUGAAACAGUGAAAAAUACUAGAUCUGUUCCUGAAUAUUCAGAAGUCGCUUAUCCUGAUUAUUUUGGACAUAUUCCACCUUCAUUUAAAGAACCUAUCCUUGAAAGACCAUAUGGUGUACAGAGGAAGAAGAGAAUGGCUGCCAGUCACAUGCGAACUCUGAUGACAAAAAUUGCCCAAGACAUUGAAAGGCUUAUUCAUCCUAAUGAUAUUAUAGAUAGAGUUGUGUACGAUCUUGAUAAUCUGAGUUGUCUCGUGCCUGAUGAAGGAGAUGUCUUGAAGUUUAACUCCAAAUUUGAAUCAGGAAAUUUACGGAAAGUUAUUCAGAUCAGAAAAAAUGAGUAUGAUCUCAUUCUGAACUCUGAUAUAAACAGCAAUCAUUAUCACCAGUGGUUUUAUUUUGAAGUCAGUGGAAUGCGAACAGGCAGUGCCUACCGAUUUAAUAUAAUCAACUGUGAAAAGACAAACAGUCAGUUUAAUUAUGGUAUGCAGCCCCUUAUGUACUCCGUUCAAGAAGCACUGGGUGGCCGGCCUUCAUGGAUUCGUACAGGAACAGAUAUUUGUUACUACAAGAAUCAUUUUUCAAGAAGUUCAAUUGCAGCAGGAGGGCAAAAAGGAAAAUCAUAUUAUACAAUCACCUUCACAGUCACCUUCCAUCAUAAGGAUGAUGUUUGCUAUUUUGCUUACCAUUAUCCUUAUACUUACUCAGCUUUAAUGAUGCAUCUCCAAAAAUUAGAAUCCACAAACAAUUCUCAGCAGAUAUAUUUUCGGCAACAUGUUUUAUGUGAGACUCUCUCUGGGAAUAACUGUCCUGUAGUAACUAUUACAGCCAUGCCAGAAUCAAAUUACUAUGAACAUAUUUGUCAGUUCAGAAAUCGUCCUUAUAUUUUCUUAUCUGCGCGUGUACAUCCUGGAGAAACUAAUUCAAGUUGGGUUAUGAAAGGAACUUUGGAGUAUCUUAUGAGUAAUGCUCCUGCUGCCCAGAGUUUACGAGAAUCCUAUAUUUUUAAAAUUGUACCAAUGCUUAAUCCUGAUGGGGUCAUCAAUGGAAAUCAUCGCUGUUCCUUAAGUGGGGAGGAUUUGAAUAGGCAGUGGCAAAACCCAAACCUGGAUCUGCACCCCACAAUUUAUCAUGCCAAAGGUCUGCUUCAAUAUUUGGCUGCUAUAAAACGUUUGCCAUUGGUUUUUUGUGACUAUCAUGGUCAUUCUCGCAAGAAAAAUGUAUUUAUGUAUGGCUGUAGCAUCAAGGAAACAAUAUGGCAUACUAAUGUUAGUGCUGCCUCUUGUGAUCUGAUUGAAGACCUUGGCUAUAGGACUCUCCCUAAGAUUCUGAGCCAGACAGCCCCAGCAUUCUGUAUGAACAGCUGCAGUUUUGUCGUGGAAAAAUCAAAGGAAUCUACGGCACGCGUUGUAGUGUGGAGAGAGAUAGGUGUUCAAAGAAGUUACACCAUGGAAAGCACAUUGUGUGGAUGUGAUCAAGGGAAAUACAAGGGCUUACAAAUUGGGACACGUGAGUUGGAAGAGAUGGGAACCAAAUUCUGUACUGGUUUAUUGCGUUUGAAAAAAUUGACGUCACCACUGGAAUAUAAUCUGCCAUCUACUCUUUUGGACAUUGAAAAUGAAUUGAUUGAAUCUAGUUGCAAAGUGACAAGCCCCACUACUUAUGUUCUAGAAGAAGAUGAACCUCGCUUCCUUGAAGAAGUGGACUAUAGUGCUGAGAGCAAUGAAGAGCCAGAUAUUGACUUGGCAAAUAAUGCUGGAGACUAUGAGCCCUGUCUUCAAGAAGAUGGACUCUGUGACUCUGAAAUUACGAGGACACGUUUGCCUUGAGACAUUCUUGGUACAUGAAGGAACAAACUACUGUGGCUUAUUUAAAAGGAACAUGGUGGGUUAUUUCAUCUUGGGGUUUUUGCUAAAGCAGAUAAACUGCAGUCAACCCAGUUUGAAAACAAUAAAUGCUUCUGACU